AUGGGGGCUAAAUUCACUAUCUGCUGCUGCCACUACUACCUGAGACACAGCAGAGAGGAGAAGAAUGCCAUUCUGCGUAUUCGAACCAGGGCAGCUCCCAGUCCGCCGGACCUGCUGCCCAGUGAUUCCAGUGACAACGACACAGAGGAGGAGAGUCUCUUUGGGCCGGAGACUUCGAGACGGAGCCCGUCGAGCAACAAGAAGUCUGAUCCACCACUGUCCAACACAAACAGAGCCAUCGGUUCUCCCCUCAGGCGAGAAUCGGACAGAGAGUUAAAGGCCUUCAUCAGCAUGAGAGACCAGGCUGACAAGGCUACAGAGGAGUGGGAGAAGCUGAAUUAUGACAUUCACACUUUGCGCUACGCAAAACGAGAAGUACGAUCUCGAUGGAAGAAAAUCCUCGUGCAGCUAGGGUACCAGUGUGAGGUGGACUCCCUGCUGUGCGUGGACAAACGGAGGUUCAGUCGAGAUCCGGAUCAUCACAACAGAACCACGGAUCUGUUGGAACAGCUGCUCGACCACACCUCGCUGUUCCCUUCUGGGACGGGGCCCCAGAACAAAUACCUCUGUGUCAUGGACUGCCUGGUGUCACUGGACAGUGCUGAGGAGUUUGUCAGACUGGCCAAAGAGAAAUAUCCCAAGAAAUGA